UAUAAGGCGAAAGGCGUCACUGUGAACAAAUUAGGGCGUAAUAGAAGACACGAAGCCGUAGAAGAGGGCUCUUUCGUUCUGCUGCAAAAUCUAUCGUUUAGAAUCACGAUGGAUCGGUACCAGAAGGUCGAGAAGCCAAGAACAGAGACGCCAAUUGAUGAAAACGAGAUUCGGAUUACCAGUCAGGGAAGGAUGCGUAACUAUAUUACCUACGCCAUGAGCCUGAUUCAGGAAAAAGGUUCAAAUGAAAUUGUUUUUAAGGCCAUGGGGAGAGCCAUCAACAAAACUGUAACAAUUGUUGAAUUGAUCAAGAGGAGAAUCGUGGGUCUUCAUCAGAAUACAGCAAUUGGAUCCACUGACAUCACUGAUACAUGGGAGCCACUAGAGGAAGGCUUGCUUCCUUUGGAGACAACAAGGCAUGUGUCAAUGAUUACAAUAACCCUUUCCAAGGAGGAACUUGAUACAUCUUCUGUGGGGUAUCAACCUCCGUUGCCAGCAGACCAGGUGAAGACAUCUGUUGAUUAUGAUUAUGAAGGAGAGGCUUCACCUAAUGGACGUGUUCGUGGUCGUGGUGGAAGGGGAAGGGGAAAGCCCAGAGUGAAUGGCUUUAUUUCAACUGAUUAUGAGGAUGGAGGCUGGGAUCGCAAUAGGGGAAAUGUUAGGGGCAGGGGUAGAGGAAGAGGGCGUGGAUUCCGUGGUCGAGGAAGGGGUGGGUACAAUGAUUCCCUGGUUGACAUGCAGCAAGAUGGAGGGUACAGCCAAGAUGCACCUUUUCAUGGCCGUGGUCGAGGCCGUGGCAGGGGAGGAUAUCGUGGGAGGGGUCGUGGCUUCAGACCCAAUGGGCCGCUGAUCCAGGCAGCUGCUUGAGGCAAUCAAGGGGUGACUUCAGUGACGUUUGCCUGAUCCGGUUUGAUGUUAUCGUACCCUUUUUUCCCCAGGACCUUGAACUGUAGGCAUUUUAUAACGUUUUUGUAGACUAGUUCAAAACUGCUACCUCAUAAAGGGUUCUUAUAGUUUCUGUAGUCUAGAUUGAAACUGCCGCCUCAUAAAGGCAGCUCUGUUAAUGUUGAAGACGUAGGUCAGAUAUUUGAACAGUUGUAGUUCUGUUUUGGUCCUGACGCUCAUUCUUUUAUUUAAUUUUCCCCAUAUUUGUCGAAUUAAUUUUGUCCCCAUUAAUAGUAGGAUAAUUUGCUUUUGUUUUUCCUUUUCUAUUAAUGGAAAGAAACUUGUGUA